AUGAAGGCAGAAGAGAUCAGAGUCUCUCUACAGAGACCUCUGCAGCACAGAGAUCCAGCCAUGGCACCUACACUCACUCCAGUAAUGACUAAUUCUCAGGACCAUGUGACUCUGAAUCAUAAGCUCAGAAAGCCUCUGGUGGAGAAGAUCCACAGAGAGAGAAUCAACAGCAGUAUUGAACAGCUCAAGUCUCUCCUGGCUCCUGAGUUCCUCAAACAGCAGCCAGACUCCAAACUGGAGAAGGCAGACAUCCUGGAGAUGACCGUUUGCUUCCUGAGAAGACUGCAGCAGCAGCGUCAAACCACAGAAUCAGGAGUUCUUGAACAGGGCUAUUCCAGGUGUGCCCAAGAGAUGGUGAACUUCCUGUCAAAGGUGGAGCUGAAGACUCAGUCCCAGAGAAACCUGCUGAACCACAUCAACCAGCUGCACACUUCCUCUGAUAAAACCCUGAGUGAGGCUGACUUCUCUCCUCUGAGCUACACAGUCCGGACCAGCAUCGCCAAAGACAAGACAGUCACCAGCUCCCUCUGGAGGCCGUGGUAG